CCACACUCCAAACGUGGCGCAACUUGGGCGACCAGUGCAUGGGUGAGGUCGAAUCGGCGACAUGCAAGUGUUGCGGGCGUUGUCCACGAUGAGUGUGGAAUCGUUUUUCCAGGACAGACUGUUUGGAGGACCACCUAUAUCCCCCACGGCACCGUCGACGACAGAGUCGAUAGCCGUCCCAUCCCCCGUCGCCAUCCCCGACGCCGCGACUCGAUGUGGCGGCGACACCCGGGAAGAUAAACUGUUUGACCUGUUCACGACGUACGCGAUGCUGGUCACGUGCGACGACCCCACGUGUAUACGCAUGGGCUACGUCAUCAAGAUGCUGCAGGAUUGCCGCGUGGUGCACGACUCCGUCGGGACAUCGUCCGUGGGCGCGAUCGACCCGCUACGGACUCCGCAGUGCCACAGCCAGACACUGGCCAUUCGCGACGUCGAGAUCAUCGCGUCCAAGCUAUUGCACACGUCCACGACGUGCACAAAGCUCACUUACGACGUGUUUCUAAAGCUCCUUUGGGAUAUUGCGCUUCACGCCCAUCCAGACACGCCGCCGCCGCUGGCUUUCAAGCACGUCGUCGAUCAAUGCGUUCGCUUCUCUCCCAAACAAAAGUCCAGGAUACGGUGCUCCGUCACCGACGCGUACGCUCGGGCCGAGAAAGUCAUGGCGUUCUUCGAGCCGAGCUUGGUCGAGAUCUUCAAAGGCUACGCCGACGCCACGCACAAGACCACCGCGUCGCACCGAAACAAGGUCAAAGCCAUCACGCCCGCACGUGCCCACCCGCCCCGCCAACGGGCCUGCGCUGUCCUCCCCCAUCACAUGGCACUGUACCUAAACUACCAAGACUCGGUCGCGUUUGCCCGGCAAUUCGGCCUCGUUAGCCACGGGGGGGUUACGAUUGCCGAGUUUGCCGCCGCCUACAUCGACAGUGUUGAGAAAAUGAAGGGCUCGACCCGGCGGCAGCUCACUUUCCUGGGGUUUUGCCACUUGCUGCUGCGGCUCACGCUCAAGCUGUACGGUCACGCCCCUGUUUCCAUCUCCAUGCAACUCAAAGCGCUGUUUCAGUUCAUGUGGCUCAAUUCACGCCCCGAUACGUCCAAGUUAUGUGGCCACCGCAACCUUGGCACGUCUGGGCUCCACGAAGCUGUGUGUCGUUUUUCGUUCGUCGUGACAAUUUGCAUGACGACACGCGGGUGUGUGUCUAGGGCACCAUCGCAUUCCACGCGGCGUUUCUCAAGCAGUGGAAGAAGGACCAGUUUGUGGACUAUGCGGCGCAAAUCCACGCGACGACUCCGCAUCAAGUCGUUCGCAACGUGGCGAUUCGACAGGCAUUGCUCGAGCCCAUGGCUGGGUUUGCGUGGUCUCCGUAGCAAUUUUUCGUCGGGAGAAGGGGGGCCUUCGACCGCCUCCUGUACUCGCGACGUCGAUGCCAAUUUUGCAAAUACGCUCGACUUCCAUCGUUUUGAUGUGCAAAUUGUGCUUCGAGAUGACGGCCGCGGGAAUGAAUGAUGCUAAUUGGUCAUAUAUAUUUGAUUCGAUCCA